UCUCAGGAAAUUAUUAGAAGUCUUGUAACCAUAGCUGACUUUACUUAAAAAUAACAGGCGGUACAUGUUCCACAGUUGACAUUCUCCACAGCAAUAUUUUCCGAUCACAUUUUACAAGGAACAUAUUUAAACUAUUACACAACCUCGAAAGUAUGUCCUGUUAUCAGUGAUAGAAUGAAAAUAAGUUAAAACGCUGUGCAACAGUACUGAAGAAGUCCAGACAAGGUAAUCUUUUGUCAGUGAAAGCUGCAUUUCCAGACGGAGUUUAUGUGGACGGGGUAAACUUAUUUCACUUCACGGAGCACUGCUUGUCUGCAGCGGGAAAGACUGGACAUUUUGUUCAUGGUGCCAGGAUGCUUUCUUUUACCCUUCUCGCCUGCUUUGUAGCGUUUGUGGCCAAUCAGGCUGUGAGCACUGGGGCCAAGAAAAGCAAGCUGCUCACCAUUAAUCCUGCACAGCUGGUCUGCAGCAUGCCUGGUCCCCCUGGGCCCCCAGGUCUACCAGGGGCCCCAGGGGCCUCAGGCUCCAUUGGGAGAAUGGGCUUCCCUGGGAAAGAUGGAAAGGACGGAAAGGAUGGGGACAAGGGGGAGAAAGGGCAACAAGGUGACCAAGGUAGACAGGGGAAUCCUGGAAAGGCUGGCUCUAAAGGCAAACAGGGUGUGAUCGGCAAGCAUGGGCCCCGGGGUAAGAAAGGACCCAGAGGGGACCCCGGCCCGGCAGGGGCGCCUGGGUCGAAGGGCAAGGCGGGGGACACCGGUGAGGAUGGGCUGCCUGGUGUCUGCAAAUGUGGCAUCAAUUUGGCUAAAUGUGCCUUCUCUGUCGCAGCCACUAAGAGCUACCCGAAGGAGAGGAUGCCCAUCAAAUUCAACAAGGUCUUCAUGAACGAAGGUGGCCACUACAAUGCCAGCAGUGGCAAGUUUGUAUGUGGCAUCCCUGGCAUUUAUUAUUUCAGUUAUGAUAUCACUCUGGCAAACAAGCACUUGGCAAUUGGGCUGGUGCACAACGGGCAAUAUAAGAUAAAGACCUUCGACGCCAAUACUGGCAAUUAUGAUGUAGCGUCAGGAUCUACCAUCCUGCGCCUGGCGCGGGGUGACGAGGUGUGGCUGCAGAUCUUCUACUCCGAGCAGAAUGGACUCUUCUAUGACCCGUACCGGACCGACAGCUUGUUCACUGGGUUUCUGAUAUACCCGGACCAGGACUUCCUCAACAAAGUAGAGGAGAACCUCAGCUGACUUCACUGGUUGGACUUAUAAAGUAAAAUGACAAGGCCGAAAGCUAAAUUUUUGGCUUCACAUAAUUUGUUUUACUUUUCACUGGGAGAAUGCAUUGUCUCAUUGGAAUAGUUCAAAAGGAUGGAACCUAAAUAUUUGAAGCAGUAUCCCGUGCAAUUCUAUUCCUGCUUAGCUAUUGCAGAACAUUGUUUCUGUUGUGUGAAGUGUCCUAUGAAAGAAAUUCAUUGAAGUACAUGUAGUGCAAAUUCUACCAACCUGAUCAUUUUCAGCGACAAUUUUACCAGUAAAGCCAGAAAAUGAUUACUUUGCAUAAUAUGUGAUAGACCCCUAUCGAAGCAACUCCAGUAAGAAAAUAAUCAUGCCCAGUUUUUAUUAGCAUGUGUUUGUCCUUGUGAAACUCCCAGUGUGCCCUUAACAGAUAAAGGUGAUUUCUGACCAGUUAGUGGAUGCUGUCAUGGAACGUAUAUUUGCUUUGUAAUGUAUGAGUAUUCAAAAUAAAAUGCUAGUCUGG